CCCAUUUCUGGCUCUGGAGCUUACUGCGUGCUGUACUGCUGUAGCAACUUUACCCACCACCUUUGCCCAAAACGUUCAAAGCCACGUUGGGGACGCAGAAGGGUGCUGGUCUCUCGGUCUCUCCGCGGCGAACGCAGGCGGCGGCGGACCGGCGCGGCAGCGAUCAAUGGACGGGUUCACCCCAGGCCGGAGCGGCGCCGGCGCCGGCGCCGGCGGUGGCUGCUGCGAGAUGGGCGACUGCGACAGCUGCGCUAUGUGGAGGGAGCACUACUACUGGAACCACAUGAGCGACGAAAAGAAGCAGUUCCUCGUCGUGGCUUCCGGCGAUUUCAGCCACAGCUUGCGCAUACCGCAGGAGGUUGGAAGCCACCUGAGGAACAUGAUCCCAGAAUCUGAGCUUGUCAAACUAGAAGCUCCCAAUGGUCGUUUGUACCCCGUUGAAGUUAGUAGGGAACUUGGCGCUAUAGUUCUUAGGUCUGGAUGGAAUGACUUUGCGAAUGCGCAUCACAUAGAAGAAAAUAACUCAAUUCUGUUUGUGUACCGUGGGAACUCCAGCUUUAAGGUUAACGUAUUCAAUUCAGUCGGUCACGAGAAGUACUUGUCCUGUUCUAAACCAUCAUCUGGGAUAUUUGAAGCAGUUCCUCCUCGUGCUCCUUGUGCUCUUCAUGUUGUGAAAGAAGAAGCUGUGCCUAACCCAGGACAUGUUCAGACCUCAACUGACUUUGAUUAUACCAUGUUACCCGGGUGCUGUCUAACGAAGGCACAAGAUGAGAAAGUACUACAAAUGGCUCACACCAUGAGGUCUGAGAUUCCUCUGUAUGUGGCAGUCAUGAACAAGAGCAAUGUCAGCUUGAAGAACUGCUAUGUUUACAUACCACUGAAACUUGUGGACAAUUUCAAAGAAAAGAGGACUAAAGAUAUUGUUCAGCUUCAAGGCCCUGACAAAACUGUAUGUGCUGUGGGAGCAAGCAAGCACACUGAUGAUCUAAUAGUCCUAAACUCUGGGUGGAAUACUUUCGUAGCUUCUCAGCGCAUACAAGAGAAUGACCUCCUCAUUUUCAGAAGUAAGGAGAAAAGUCGCGUGGAAGUUCUCAUCCUUGACCAAAGCGGUCGUGGGAAAACAUCUCCAUGUUCUGUUGUGGAAAAUCGUUCUUCCAAUGACCAGGAAAUGUUUGACGAGUCAGUGCAAAUUGUUAGCCCGCCCCCGCCUCAGAUUAUUGACUUGACAAGUUCUGAUGAUGAAGAUGACAUCGUGAGAGAAGGCGCAAAAGAACCUUGCAGGGCGCAAAAGCCGGUGACACGUAGUUGUGCCAAAACCCAGAAGAUGGCUUCAACAUCCUCCCCUUCUCCCAAAUCAGGAUAUGGAGCUCGCAAGCCGUAUGAUCGGGCAUCUGUGAAGCUUGGAGUUGGUUCAGAACCUUUGAGCAACCUCCAGGGGCAAUCCUGGCCCCCCUACAUUUUAGGCCGACGGGUAACUCUACCUUUGCAACUGGAGAAGAAAGUUGAGGAGAAGCUCCAAUCAAUUCGACGUGAACUUCCUGUUUUUGUGAAAGUGAUGACCACUACAAAUGUUGACGUCACUUCCAACAGCCCAUGUUCAAUGGUUUUCUGCACGGAGUAUGCUUCGUGUCUCCCGGACAAGACACAGUUACUCCUCCUCCAGCUGGACGUCGGAGAGAAGCAGUGGCCUGCCACGCUGAGAGUCAAGAGCAAGCAGGUGCGGAUUUACCCCGGCUGGAGGGAGUUCGCCAUUGACAACCAGCUGAAGGCAGGAGACGUCUGCCUCUUCCAUUUGGCAAGCAGUUGCAAUGGAAGCCUCACAAUGACGGUCCAUCUGGUCCGCAAGUCGGAACCGGAGCCGUAGCUCUCAAGCCAUGACCUGGUUACCCUAUCUGUUGUUCUGUAACGUGGCCUUGACUCUCUGGAACCCUGCCCGUGAGAUGAGAGAAAAUUUCUGAACAACUUGGUGUGAAUUUGUUCAGGGUAUGUUGAACGACUCUCCGUUGUAGUAUAUACUAUCUAAAUAUUUGGUGCAAGACUGAACCCUAUUCCACCUCUA